AUGGAGGAGGAGAGGACGAGGAGGGAGGACAGUGUGCGCCUCAUGCAGGAGGCUCUGCGCACAUUUCACCAGCAGAACCCCGGCCUGGACCAGCAGAGGAUUCUGGAUCUGACGUUGGUGGAGUUGGCUGAGGAGCUGAAGGACGGCGCUCUGACCCCGGAGACGGCGCUCUACGUCUAUGUCCAGAAGGCUCUUGAAGUUCACAAGACUCUGAACUGCGUGACUGUUUUCCUGUCCGACUGUGAAGAUCAACUGAAGAAACUACGAGAGAGUGAAGUGAAGGGCCCCUUGUAUGGGGUCCCAGUGUCCAUAAAGGAGCAUGUUGGCUAUCAGGUAAUUAUACUGAUGUGUGUUUCAGAUCUUUUAUCUGGAGGUCCAAUCGUCCAAUCGUAGAGCCUCCAGGUCAUGGACCGGGCCCUGGACUGGACAUAGAGAGCCAUUUAUCCAACCGUCCAAUCACAGCUCCAUCCACUGCUAUGAAACCAGCAACACAAUCUACGGAUACACAAGGAACCCACAUAACACAGCCAAGGGGGCUUCGGGGUCCACAGGUGGAGAAGGUGCUCUGAUUGGAGGUGGAGGUUCGAUUCUGGGCUUCGGAACUGACCUCGGUGGCAGCAUUCGUCUCCCAUCCAGUUUUUGUGGGAUUUCCGGGUUUAAGCCAACAUCUCUACGGCUGAGCAUGCGUGGGGUCCGGCCCUGUAUCGAUGGGAUGACUGCAGUGCCUCUUGUCAUCGGUCCGAUGGCACAAGAUGUGGACGGUCUGGUUCUGGCUAUGAGAGCUCUGCUGUGUGAUGAGAUGUUCCGCCUGACCCCAAUGUUCCCCCCAUCUACUUCAAUGAGGAGCUCUACUCCAGCCAUACACCUCUUCGUAUCGGAUACUAUGAGGAGGACGGCUUCUUCCUUCCUGGUCCUGGAAUGAGGCGUGUACUGCUGGAGACCAAGCAGCUUCUAGCAGAGGCUGGACACCAGGUAA